CUCCCUCCGUAUAGAUUCAGUCGCCACCCAGUUCGAGGGACGAGUUUCAUCCAUUUUCCUCCAAGAGCCGAUCAAUUCCUGCUUCCGUCAAUCUAUUUCGAUAUCAUUAUGAUACUUGAUCGAUACGCCAUCGUGAAAUUGUGGUCCUUCAGAUUCGCCGUCAGGAAUUCUCACCACAUUGCGUCAAAAUCAUCGACUAGCGGUUUCCCGAUGAUCUGCGGCAUUUCUCAUCUUGUUACGAGCGAUUCAAAGAGCAUUCAGAAGCUUAACUUAUCUUAUUGGUCUCCAGGAGCUUCACCAAAUCCCAAAUUUCCACCAUCAUCGAAUGUGUUAGGACUUUUUGGAAAAUCAGGCUCGCGAUCCAGUCGAAAUGUCCUCGGCGUUAGGUAUUUUUGGUCUCACAAAAUUGGAAACGAUUAUAGAAUUUUUGCUAAGAAUUUCGCGGUAAAUCCUGGCUUGGCUGUUAAGAAUACGCUUGCGCGGUAUAGAGAGGCAAUUAGGCUGCAGAUUGAGGCGUUCUGGAAGAGGAAUUAUCUGGUGGUGGUGAGUGUAAGUGGUGUUAUGGCGUGCAUUUUUCUAUGGAGAUUCCUGUUUGGGGUUGCCAAUGCUUUUUUCGGCUUCUCUGAGGGCGUGGCUGAGUAUGGUUUCCUUGCACUUUCGUCGGCUAUGGUGGCGAUUACUGGCUUGUUCUUGCGCGCAAAACACAAUAUCGAUCCGGACAAAGUUUACCUAAUGGCUAUGAGAAAACUAAACACAUCGGCAGGGAUUCUUGAAGUUAUGGGUGCGCCGCUAGCAGGAACAGAUUUGAGAGCGUAUGUGAUUUCCGGAGAGGGCGUAAACUUAAAGAAAUUACGCCCUAGGUUUAGAAGCAAAAGAUGCUUUCUUGUUUUCCCUAUAAGAGGCUCGGAAAGAAAUGGUUUGGUUAGCUUUCAAGUGAAGAAGAAAAAUGGCCAGUAUGAUAUGAAAUUACUGGCAGUUGAUAUCCAAAUGGCAAGUGGACCCGAUCAACGCCUAUUUUUGAUUGGGGACAGACAAGAGUUUGGAAUUGGUGGUGGUCUAAUGUCUGCACUGCGCAAUCCAGUGAUGAAAGCAUUGGCGAAAGCCGAUGAGUUUGAAGCUGAGGAUGAAAGGGAGGACGAGGAGGAUGCUGCUCGGGAGCUUGAGGAAGUCGAAAGAAGACACCGGGAUGAGGUAGAAAAACUCGAAAAAGGUACUGGCUAGCUCUCCCUCUUUGCCUUAUGGUUGUUGUGUUAUUUGACAAUAAGGUUGAGGUGUUUAUUAGUUGCCAAAUGCCAUCUUUGCUAGGAUUUGUGACAAAGUAUUUUUCAAUUGUUUUAAGUCUAU